UCAUUUACAAAAUCAUCAUCAUUAUCGAGUGUGGCCGUUCUAUCCCCUUCUCUGCAUCACUCCAGCUUCUUCAACCCUGCCCGCAUUUCACCCACCCACCUGAUAAAUGUUGUCCACUUCAACACUUCCUCAAUAUUCUCACCCAAAGAAUAAUUUCAGUUUUUAUAAGAAACAAAGAAUUGAUUUCUUUAGCAAUGGCCGUACCAAGAAUACUUCUUUAUGCUACUGUUUUAUGGGUUCAGUUUUCCCUUUUUCCGUUCUGUACAAAAACAGUAGCACAAAGUACUUGUAUUUGAAAAGGUCAAGCAUUGUAGCAGCAGCCUCUUCUAGUGGUAGCAGGAGUUCUCGGAAAGUUUAUAAGCAGUCUCAAGCGCAAGCCCCGGCUGCUCCGAUUCAGGGAAUUGCUUCCUUUGUUCUUCCUGCUGGCGCUUUUGUUGUGGUUACCUUCGGUAUACCUUUUACACUUUAGGUGUACCUUUUACGUAUUUUCUGGUUUGAUUUUUGUUGAAAAGUAUGGUUAAUGUGGAGGUGGGUGUAGAUAAUCAGUUAAUUUUGGGGUUAUUUUGAAAUUGUUUAAAUGAUCACUGAAUAGGAAUUUGUUUAUGCUUCCAGUGGGAUAUGAAAUAGUGCGAAUUUAAUUUAUAUACUUGGUUAUUGAGGUUCUUUUAAGUGAUUGUUGGGAGAAAGUAGUUGUCUGGGAAUUAUCUGGUUGGUGAAAAUUGAUAAAUGAUAGGACAGU